AUGCAAGAGCCGACACUAUAUGUGGUGAAAGCGAUGGCCAUAUUAGACAACGACGGCAACCGAAUACUCGCGAAGUAUUUUGACGACACUUUCGGCACAACGAAAGAGCAGAAGGCGUUUGAGAGGAAUCUGUUCAAUAAGACCCAUAGAGCCAACGCCGAGAUCAUUAUGUUGGACGGCCUCACGUGUGUCUACCGGAGCUCUGUUGACCUCUUCUUCUACGUUAUGGGCAGUUCUAACGAGAAUGGAUUAAUAUUAGCGUCUGUUAUGAACUGUUUAUUUGAGUCAAUAUCUCAUAUACUGAAGAAAAAUGUAGAGAAACGCAAUCUUUUGGAUAACUUGGAUAUUGUUAUCCUGGCUUUGGAUGAGAUUUGCGACGGAGGAAUUAUCUUAGAAUCGGAUCCGUUAGCUGUGGUACAGCGCGUGGCCUUAAAGCCCGAUGACAUCCCAUUAGGCGAACAAACUGUGGCCCAAGUGUUGCAAUCGGCGAGAGAACAGCUCAAGUGGUCUCUCUUAAGAUAGAUUAUGGAAACCAUAGAAACUUUUUAUAUUAUUAUGUAAUUUAUUAAUGUUUUGAUUAAAUAUACUUCAUUUAUUUCUAUAUUAAGCAUUCGUUGCUCUAUAUUAUAAUGUAAUACAUUUGUCGGUAAUUAUAGUUGCACUAAAAAUUAUAAAUCAAAUACAAUAUAAAACAAAUGAGAUA